UCUGUAAGCAUGCUGUGAUCUUCAUCCACUCUGUGCCCAAACCGAGAGCUUGAAGGACCCCCCCAAUCUCUCUUUCUCUUUUAUGACCAACCCUCUUUCAUCCAGGCAGGCGUUUGUUCGCUGGAUUUUAUAAGAGCCUGUUUAAUUACAUAUAUAUAUAUUUUAAACACAGUCUAUGAGCUACAGUGUCGGGGCUGCUGAGACUGAAGAGAAUCGAGGAAACCUACCACAGGUGAAAGGAGCUUUUACGACGCUGCGGUACAGAUGAUUGAACACUUUAGCAGUAACUCAGCGCAAUCUCCCCGCUUACUCUGACUGAAACGGGGCGGAAAUUGAGGCUAAAACACUUUGGAACAACUAAAAAGGGACCAAGUUCUGUUUCCGAGCGAAUCUAAAACCCGCUGCGUUGUUUCCCCAACUGGGCUUUCUGUGGAAGAUGUGACCUUUUCUGUUGCGCCCCGUGGAGCAAAUCACUGCUUUUUUUCUUUUGUUAUUGGUUCUUUUUUGUUGUUUUUUUGUUUUGUUUUUUCCACCCCCUAAUCAGUUACUCGAGCUUGACAUGUCUUUUUGUGGGAUUACACGCGGAGAUAUGAUCACUGUGAGAGACCGAGCUGGAUUGUGAAUUUACUGUCAGCGCUUUUUUUUCUUCUUUAUUUUUUCUUUAUUUCUUCUUCCUUUUUUAAAACUUGUCUCCAUAACGAAGGAAGUGCUCUAGCUGUUUUCUUCAAUGGCUUCAGUGUCAAGGUUGGCAAGACGCAAAGAUGCCAGUCGCUGGCCGAGAAUGUCGUCAAGUUUCUGGGCUGUGCUGCUCCUGACAGCGCUGCUGCUUCUCUAUUGCGGCCAGCUGGCAGCGGGGACAUGUGAGAUUGUGACGCUGGACAGGGACAGCAGCCAACCACGGCGGACCAUCGCCAGGCAGACGGCCCGCUGCGCCUGUAAGAAGGGCCAGAUCGCUGGAACUACAAGAGCUAGACCCGCCUGUGUGGACGCUGGUAUUGUUCGGAAAAAGCAAUGGUGUGAGAUGGUGCCGUGUUUGGAGGACGAGGGUUGCGACCUGUUAGUCAAUAGAUCUGGCUGGACUUGUACGCAGCCCGGAGGCCGAGUUAAAACCACUACGGCUCUAUGACGUGACAAGAGUCCCCCUCGACACUCUUGCACUAUGGAAAGCAUUGAUGACCCCUUGACAGACAGCCAAUUUCCAGCUACCACCACCACCACCAUUACAACAGCUCCACCCUUACCUUGGCCUCAAAGGCAGGAAGCAACACAAGCAGCUACAGAGCACCAAGAGCCUUGUGGAGGCAGUAAGGUCUCGUAACACAGCCAGAGAUGGGAAAACCAGGGAGUAAUUGUUUGAGGGAGUCAUCUCUCCCUGUGACACUGGACAAACUUGCUAUAAAACACUUCCUGUUUCCUGUGACUGGCCACCGCGGGUUUCUGACUGCUCCCUCCUGCUAUCUGUCGUUGGGUCAACACGUUGUAUCCACCUCCUCUCCACUGUUAUCUGCCUGCUCUGUGAAUUUAGCAGCACAUGCUCAUGCCACGGAGGUUCGGACACAUUAAAAUCCCAUGAAUGGUUUCUUUUUUUUGCCUCACUGGAAGUCCACUGUUUGGAGCUGCUAACUGCUUUUAAUAUGGGAUUUCCCACAUCUCUCUCCUAGACUCUAGUACAGAAUUCCAGGGCGAAGACGGGGUCAUUACAGAACACAACAUGACGCUUCUCGGACCAGCUCGUGAGGACGUAAAAACCGAACCGAGCGCACUCUGCUGUGAAUAGGCCUUCUGCUGGAGUAAACCUCCCAUAUUUUUAUAGACCAAAGAGCAAAACAACAAAUAUGAUCAUUAUGACAGAGAGGACCAUCUGGCAAAGACACACGGAAACGUUGUUAACAUGCUUUGAGUGUCGCCACCGACCAGCGACUGCCCCCACAGAGACUCAGUGCACAAACGAACCUUUGCAGCCGGCGGCAUAUGUGCCGAACACAAUCAAAGGAGUACUUUUCAAACUUUACGGACAUUUUUUCGCAGACUAAGCUCACCACUGUAUUUUGGAACUGGAGAUAUAGGUACUACAUACGUAUAACUGUGUAUCAAAAAAAACAAAAACAACAAAAAAAACAAAAAAAAAUCUGAUUUGCAUUUUUCAGUAGCUACAGUUGGGACAGCUUACAGAAAGAAUUGUCGUGUUGAUCAUGGAUACGGAGUGCAAAUCAUUACCAGAGAAAUGAUAACUAUCUACAGAGAGUAUUAAAUGCUGUUAAGUCUGAAAAGAAGGCGUAAAGAAAAGUCAUUAAAUGUAUUUUGAAAGGCCCUAAAAAGUUAUAUAUUUAACAGUUUUAUAUGUUGUACCUUUGUAGAGAAGCUUAUUGGACUUAAAAUGUGAUCACAAUGGCAGUUUAGUAGGAUGUGAACAAAUGCUGUUGUUCUCAUUACUGCUGGCUCGUAGUCCCAGGUUUUCUGUUCACACCUCAGUAGCCGCUUUCUUUUCAUGGUCAUCUACAAGUCACUGUCUAUCCGAACCAUUAAUGAAAAAAAAGGAAAGUGACACAAUUUAUUAAGGACUGAUGUGCAGCCAACUGAACAUUGUAAAUCUAUGGUAGUCAGUGGAAGCCAUUGAAAUCUGCUAAUUUGCUAUGAUAUUGUAUUGUACACGGUGUGGAAUACUGACUCAUUUCCUCUCUAUGGGUUCUGAUCUCUUAAUUUAUUUUUGUGCCUGUGUUUCUUUUUUGUUUGUUUGUUUGUUUUUUCUUUCUUUCUUUCUUUUUUGCACAAAUCCAGCUUCUCUCCGAUGGCGAUGAAUACGGUGAGGAGAGAAGGAAAGAGGAAGCACUGCAGGAGUAUCGGUCAUUUACAUACAUUUUAUAUCAUGAAAUAUUUUAAGAAUAAAUAUAUGACAAGAAAUGUCCCCUGCAAAUUUAGAUGGUCUUGAUGUUCAAGGUCAUCAACAAGAACUUUAAUUGAUCUUAUUCUGGUCUUUUCUAAUGAAUGUAUUUGUU